CGCGUGUGUCGGGACGUUCGUCCGCUCGCCUCUUGCGGGAGCAGCGCUCAUUGCUGAGCAACGGUGGGAGGAAAGGGCCGACGCACCGAGUCAGACUGAACCGCAGCGAGGCAGGGCUGGGCUCCACGCACACACACACGCGCACCUUCAACGCACCCCAGAAAGGGAACAGGGAUGGCCUAGCUGUGUUGUCCUGACAGUGCAUCAGCAGUCAGCGACCUGGACCAGAGGUGCGUAUUAGAGGCUACAGCAGGGUGCAGAGAUGAGUGUCACCUCCUGGUUCCUAGUGAGCAGUGGGGGGACUCGCCACAGACUCCCUCGGGAAAUGAUCUUUGUGGGACGUGACGACUGUGAGCUUAUGCUACAGUCUCGCAGUGUGGACAAGCAGCAUGCAGUAAUCAACUAUGAGGCUGGAACUGAUGAACACAAGGUCAAGGACCUGGGCAGCCUGAAUGGGACAUUUGUAAAUGAUGUGCGCAUUCAGGAGCAGAUGUACAUCACUCUGAAGUUGGAGGACAAGUUGAGGUUUGGAUAUGAUACCAACUUGUUUACGGUGGUGAGAGGAGAACUCACUGUGCCUGAGGAAGCUCUGAAGCAUGAAAAGUUCACCAGUGGACUCCAGCUCAGCAAGAAGCCAUCCAGUGGCGAAACGACUGCUGCCGCAAGCAAGUCUCCUACAAAAACCCCGACAAAAACGCUAAAGUCUUCUAGUGGCAGCGCCGUGAGGUCAGGGGAAUGCAGAGCAACAGACGGAGUCGCUUCCUCUAAAGAGACACCAAGUAAACCUGCGGACUCUCAUAAAACAGAGGAGAGGAUAGGAGGGGACCUCACAGCUCUGCCUCGUGGGACCCCUCUAUAUGGACAGCCUUCUUGGUGGGGGGAUGGGGAUGCAGACGACGAGAACUCCUUUAAACAAGAAAGCAAGUCAUCAACCAAAAAACAGGACAGCUCUUUUUCAGAAAGCAAAGAAGCUCGUCGGGCAGAGAAAGCUAAAGAAGACAACCUUCAAGCCUCCGCUACCCAUGAUUCCAGUUACUUUGAGAUUCCUACCAAGGAAGGUCAUAUGGCUAAUAAUGGCAUCCAUGAGAUUCCAACCAAGGACACAGAGGGCAAUUACACUCAUACCACUACAGCUCAAGGUCACGCCUCUUUCACCAUAGAGUUUGACAACACCUCUCCAGGGAAAGUCACCAUUAAAGAUCACGUGUCAAAGUUCACGGCCGACCAUCACAGAUCUCGCUCCAAGAAGAGCGGAGCGGGAAGUGGAGGCACGGGAGGACGAGACCUGAGCACGCUUCAGGCGGCUAUGAUGGCAUCGGAGAGCAAGGUGGCGGACUGGCUGGCCCAUAAUGACCCCACUCUGGUGCGCAGCGAGUCAACAGAGGACGACAGCAAGAGCAUCAAGAGCGAUGUGCCGGUCCAUUUUAAAAGACUGAAAGGCAGUAAGCAUGAGGACGGCACCCAGAGUGACUCUGAGAAUGGCCUGGGCCUGCGCUUUGCCAACCGCCGUAACGCACUCGAGGAGCGUCUAAAAGCGGCACAGAGCCACGUGGAAGCAGGAGGAGCGGCAGGAACAGGAGUUGGGAAUGUGACAGUGAGUGGGACCAGAGCCACAGGUACCCGCACGGCCUUCAUGAUCGAGUUCUAUGACGAGGAAAACCCUCGAAAGCGCCGCUCCUAUUCAUUUUCCCAGACCGCACCACUACUAGGGGGGGGUGCUGGCGGGGAGGGACUGUGCCCUCAGCCUCCCUCUCAUCCCAAAGUGUUCAGCAUUUCCACUUCUGCUACUAUAGCCUCAGAGCCAGGGAAGGUUCCUGCUCCCAUUCCAGCCACAGUGGCUGCAGGUGCCCCCACAGCCGCCCGCGUGCUUCUUAAGCAGAGAUCUGAGGACCCAAGUAUCGGUCGGAGCUCCAUUAGUACUGGGCUGGCGACAGGUAGCCCCACCAGCCCCAGCGAGGACGCCUCCGCCACGGGGAGAGGUCUGGGGACAGCAGGAGGAGAGGCAGAGGACGACCACAGUGAUAAGGGGACCUACACUAUUGAACUGGACAACAAGAACCCAGAGGAAGAGGAAGCCAGGCGCAUGAUAGACAAGGUGUUUGGCGUACAGCAGAACCAGGACUCUGCUUUGUCAGACCUGAAAGGAGUCAGUAAAGCAAAGGAAACAGCAGAGACAGGAAAAGAGACUCAUCCCGUUGACUCGAGCUGGGUCUCAGAGUGGGCGUCUUUAGCUGCCAAUCACACUAGGACAGAUCCAGAAGGAUCAGGAGCAGAGACAGCUGCGUUCCUACAUAAAGAGAGAAGAGCUGAUGCCUUUGAGUCUGGUACAUCCCUCAGCAGAGGUGAAUCCUACCCCAGUCUGACUGACCGUAAGCGCAGGACCCUCCCCCAGCUUCCUGUAGAUGACCCUCGGGCUAAAUCCAAAGCUCUGAGGUCUGAGAUUGGAGAAAAACAGGACACCGAACCCCAGGAAAAGGAGAACAAGGGAGACGGAGAGUGCCCGUCUCCAAUGGAUGACGGUGAUAUGACUAGUAAGCAGAAGCAAAGCUCCACCUCCUCCCCAUCCAAGACCCCUCUCCAAAGCUCUGUCAGCUCUGAGCGACGGAAGAGGUCUGAGGAGAGGAAAGGAGGACCGGGAGAGGGAGAAAAGUCUGGGAAGCCUCUAGUGCGUCAGGGCAGCUUCACUAUUGAGAAGCCCAGUGCUAAUGUCCCUGCAGAACUCAUUCCUCGCAUCAACAGAGGGAGCAAUGGGCGUGAACGCAGCGACUCCGUGGGCAGCAUGGAUACUGCUACCCUCCUGAAGGACACGGAAGCUGUCAUGGCCUUCCUGGAGGCCAAACUGAGAGAUGAAAACAAAUUGGACCAGAAAAGUAGUAAAACUGGCAAAACUAUUCAGGCUUCAGGUUCUGGCUUUCCACUUCGGACCGGUUCUAUUUCACCUGAAUCAGACGUGGACACAGCCAGCACCGCUAGCCAUGCAGCAGGAGAGGCAGACAGAAAAGCAGCAGCGGGUGGUGUGCAGAAACGCCGCUCCCUCAGCAGCAUGCACCGGGAGAAGAGCAACAUGAGCACAGCUUCGAAGGCCAGCGUCACCAACCCCACUGCCCGUGAACGCUUGGAGAGAAAGGCCAAAACCAAACCCGUGGAGACGACGAACCGCACGGACGCACGCCGCUCUGUGCAGCCGUCCUCUUCCAGAGCACGUCAGCCAUCGCUGGACCUCACUGAUGAUGACCACACUUCUUCAUUCCCCAUCUCUGACAUCCUCUCCUCAGACCAGGAGACCUACUCUGGACCUUUGGGCCACUCAACACAUGGACGCCCAGAUGAUGUCCUUCAUUCCAAACCUGAGAGCAGGUCUGCUAAAGCCUCCACCAGUGGUACGUCCAAACCCAGUCGCAACCUUCAGGCAGCCACCGCAUCCUCCCUGAACAAGCAAGCGGCACUACCCCAGCCGCGGCCCACGAGAGCGUCGCUUCUCCGUCGGGCCCGACUGGGGGAUACGUCUGAUACAGAUCUGGCUGAUGCAGACAGGGUGUCUGUGGCCUCUGAGGUGUCCACCACCAGCUCCACCUCUAAGCCCCCGUCUGGGCGUAAGGGGCUGUCACGGCUGGACUUGCUGGCUCAGCCGCGCAGGAACCGUCUGGGCUCCAUAUCAGCUCGUAGUGACUCAGAGUGUACGGUGACUCGGAGCUCCACCUCCUCCCAGCGCCUGUCAGCUGAGACUGCUCUGCGUCUGGGGUUGCGCUCAUCAACGCCCACAGAAAACAGGCUGACUCCCAGGAUGAGGGCCAACAGCGUUUCUAAACUGAACGAAACUAAGGCUAAGACCACAACAUAUGGAUACUGUUCACCCACAGAGAGCUCUCUGCCUGAACCUGAGGGCGGUGACGCACAGGAAGAGCUGAUGGUGUCCAGCAGCAGCAGGUGGAGACGUCUGCCGCCAGAGUACGGCUCCACCUCAGAGGAAGAGUUUGGCUCCAACCGUAACUCCCCAAAGCACGGAGGACGCUCCAACGCACGGCCUCAUCACCUCCUACCGCACCGCAGCUCCAGGCUCGGCAGCACCACCGGUCCAGGCACGGCCAUAGUGACAGGUUCAGGUGGAGCGGGGAUCAAACAUCGCAUGAAGGAGCAGGAGGAGUACAUCAGGGACUGGACGGCACACAGCGAGGAAAUAGCCAGGUUAUUCCCCUGUGUGCGCAGGAUCAGCCAGGACCUGGCUAAGGACUUGGCCAUCUUGGCCCGUGAGAUCCACGACGUGGCUGGUGAGAUCGACUCGGUCAGCUCCUCUGGUACGGCACCCAGCACUACCGUCAGCACCGCUGCCACCACACCAGGAUCGGCCAUUGACACCCGGGAAGAGGUAGGCCCUGCACCUCCCACGCAGCCGGACAUACAGGAGAGCAUGAGAAAGUUGGUUGAUCGGGUGUUUGAUGAGAGCCUCAACUUCAGGAAAAUCCCACCUGUGAUUUCAACCAGCAAAGCACCAGAAAUCAACGGUAAGCCUGUGGAGCUGCGGCCUCGUGCUCCCGACAGUCUGGAGCCUCGCGCUUUGAGAAGACGCACCUGGAACCGAGAGGAGGCGGUGCUGGACAGCCUGCUGCUCCAUUCAGUUUCUCAGCUGUCCACGAAGAUCAGGCACUCUAUUGACAAAACAGCAGGAAAAAUCAGGAUUUUGUUCAAGGAUAAGGAAAGAAACUGGGAUGAAAUAGAGCACAAACUGCGAUCAGAGAGUGACAUACCACUUUUGAAAACCUCCAACAAGGAGAUUUCAUCGAUUCUACUUGAACUGAAGCGAGUUGAGAAACAGCUUCAAGUGAUAAAUGUCAUGGUAGAUCCAGAUGGGACUCUGGACGCCCUGGCCAGCCUUGGACUGAGCAGCCCCACCACUCCCACCAAGCCUCAGAGCACCAAACCAAGUUCACCCUCUGCCACCAGCCCAGUGUCUGUGCCCCCAGCCAAAGAACUGCUGCCGGAGAUCCUUCCUGGUCCUGGAGUAGCCAGCUCCAGGCUUCAAGCUUCCUCUGCCAGCACAGAGGAGACAGUACGACAUGCCAGCAUCGGGUUAGCUGGAGUCGGAGGUCUACCCUUCAGCCGCCUGCGGCCAAGCGGAGAGGAGGCCAUUGCACAAAAGUAGACAUCAGCUUCUUAAAACUGAAACAGUACAGUUGCCAUUCUGCUGAUUAUAACAGUCCAAGAAUAUGGAGUUAAUAUAAAUACCAUUUAGCAAAAGCUUUUACUACAUAUGGUUGGAAAUAAAGUGUUUUCAGCUGACCUUUGAACUCCAAAGGCUUAACCAAUAAUGGUGCAUCUUGGAUGAAACACAAACUGACCCAUGAAUGAUCUGGAUUAUGAGAUUUUUAAAUUCUUCUUUUAAUGCUUACUGGACAAUAUGAUUUCCUAACGGACUAAAUGCAACCUGGCUGCUGUCUCAGUGGACAGCUCUGUCUCCAGUCUUCUCCUUAUGCCUUCUCCAUGUGUCUGGACCCGACCUACAGUACGGACAUGCCUUAAAACACAUCCUUGAUAGUAGCAGAUUGAACCCACCUGCCCCUUCAAAUAAUAUACAGAAAGACACUAUACAAUUUACAAGACAUAUACAGAAUGCAUUGUAGAACAACACUCACAGCAGAGAUUUUUAUUUACAUUAUGAUGAAACACUGCAAUAAUUUAUUAGUUGUUGCUUGGUGCAAAGAAUAUUUAGCAGCCUUAAGUAACUAUCCUGACAAACUACGGUCGCGAAAAUACAAAUUAAGGAGAAAUGCAGUUUUAGACAUCUGAUUUCAUACCUGUCUGUCCACUGAACCUUGUGCAGUGCCUCCCCAUUUCUGUGCUCAGCCUUUUUAUACCCAUAAUGUUUUACUCUUUCCCUUCUCCUCUCUCCUAAAAGUUGGAAAACGUCUUACAGGGAGGGGACUGACUUUUGUAGCAUGUACAGGAUGGAGCUUUUUUUCUGCAAGUUCUUAUCUGUGUCAACUGUUAAAGCUAAAUGGAAGUUUAACAGCAUUGGAAAUUUUCAUAUUAUUCACCUACCAAAGUUCAAAUUCAAAGUUCUAUUCAGCUUGAACUUUGCCUGCUGUCCAAAAGCUGAUAUAGCCGUUUUGUAUAGUUUUCAUGGUGCUCUGCUUCAUUCUUAAGCAGUUUAUCUUUUUCUCUGAAUGUCAACAGAUCAAAGAUGCAGAAAUCAUAUUAUUUGUGCAGAAACAAUAAUCAUUGCUGCUAUAUAAUUUUGGCCCAUGUGACAUGGCCUGUGAGGAUUAGGCGCUUAUCUUUUUGCUAAAGUGUCCUACAGUAUAAUUUGCUAUUUUUGUUCCCACAUCACACAUAAUGUGGCUUCUUUUUAAACUUAAAUUACAAUAUUUUAUAUUUAAAUAAUAUCUGCAUGAAUUGGAUUCAAUUAAUGUGAUGCCAAAAAGUCCUGGGCAGAUUACAAGAAGGCCUUUUGCAGUUUAAAUUGUGACCUUCACCAGUGAGUAGGAAAUAUCAAGUAUUGGACAUUUUACUAGUACUUACAGCUUCAUAUCAAUGUAUAUACAGAAGGUGCUUAAUUCAAUUUCCACUGAGGGAAGUUCCAGCAGACUGACACGGUAAAAUAGCAGCCAGCCUACCUAUAUAAUUAACCUCUUUCUCAUAGAUUUUGCUGCUUUCCUUUGUACCUUAAGGGAAAUACCCAUUUUCUAACUCUCUUCAGCUUGUAGUCUGUGUUCUAGAGUCAGAUGACUUUAAGGCAGUGUGUUAGUACUUAGACACUUUUUGCAAUAGUGAGUUUAGGUACCAGAAUGCAUCUUUUUCUUCUCUCUCUACUGUACAAAGUUGUUUAAUGCCUCCAAGUGCCCAUUUUGAAUAUAGAAGGGCAUUAAGUAAAAAGUAAUGUAGCUGUCUAAAUAAUUUCUCUUAUUUUGCACAUCAGACUGUGGUGUUUUUGUUUUUAUACAGUAGUCAAGACAGUGACGACUUCAUCAAUUGUCACCUUUUGUCUAAGAAUGAAAUCACUGCCUCUGCUACUCUGUACAAAUGAAGCUUCUAAUUGUGUUCAUUGUUUUACUUCCCCCUUUUUAUCAGGAAAAAAAACAUUUUGGGGACUGUGAAUGUUAGGUACAUGUUUAUUUUUAGGAUUCCAUGUGUCCUCUUAUCAGUGAUCUUUCCCUGUUAUUUUUGUAAAGAAAACGCCAUUUUAUUUAUUUGUUUAAUAUUUUGUGGACAUUUCAUGUAUUUUAUUUGUUCAACUGUCUGCAUUGUUUCUUACUGUUAAUAAAACAGAGCCAUCCA